ACGAGCUGUGGUUCAUCGAAUUCGGCCGCGGGGCGGCGCUGCCGUUGACCCCGGAAGAGGCACCGGCGGACGGAGAACCGGUAGUGCCUUGCGCCCAGGGUCGCGUCGUUGUGGAAACCGCGAGACCGGCACCGCCGCACUUUGCUACCUGUUCCGGUUAUCGCCGGCCGCUUCUCAGCCGCAUGCCCAACAAUGCGUCGGUUUGCGCGGACGGGACGAGCAGCGGCGUGACGACGGACCAGCAGGAGCAGCAGCAACAAACCCUUCCUGGCGGCAGGAGCGUCGGUACGCCGCAGAGUCCUGCCACGAGGCCAGAGGAUCUCGGCGUGACGCCCUGGUUCCUGGAGGAAUAUCCGACGGACACGUCGCCGGGGCCGAUGGGCGAUCGGAGCUCGUACCCCUUGAGGCUGAACGGCUCGACGAGGAACAGCAGCAUCGAUACUGAGUUCUCGAAGGCGCCGCCGCCGCCCCCGCUGCCUCGGAAGGCUUAUAUGGACCUGAGGGAUGCGAUGGCGCUGUUGGAUGAGACCUGUCCAAACGUAGAACCCAGCCCGUCUCUCACCCCGCGGACGCCCAGGACACCUCUCACGCCGUAUUCGCGCAAUAAGAGGGCCCGCUCCAAGAGCAGCGAUAACUCGUCCAACUACAGCAACGAUCGGCUGAGCGACCGCUCCCUUGAGAUCUCCAAGGAGAAGGAGAAGAAGAGGCCGUUCCUGAGGAAGAUCGGGAUCUCGAAGACGGAGGACCGGCCGUUCCUGGCGAAGUUGGCACCACGGAUCAAGGGCAAGCCCUAUCUGGAGAAGAUCGGACCCAGCAAGGCCGUUGAGAGGCCGUUCCUGGACAAGAUCGGCUCGUCCAAAACCUUGGACAAAUUCAUCUUCGACGUUCCACGCAUCGAGCGCAGCGACGUCAAGAAUGACGAGAUGGCGAACAACGUUGGGCACGAGGAGGUACAAUCUCCGCGGCAAACGUGGGCGACGUGCGAAAGAAGGCGGUCGGGCAAGGAAUUCCUGCUGAAGAUGUACUCUUUCGAGACGGAGGAUCUGGAGUCCACGACGAAAGAGCCGUUGCGCGGCUCGUCUCUGGACGACGUGCUGGACUCCGGGCCGAGCUCCUUGCCAACGGAGAAGCGGCCGGAACAACCGGCCGCGUUGCUCAAGUGCCGAGUGACCACCAGCGAGGAAAUCAUCUCCUCCACGUGUCUGGACUCGCCCGUCGACAACUCGCCUCGCAGGGCGAAGAAGGAAUCUACCACGCCGAUUCGCCGCAGGAUCCUUCGGAGUUGCCGUGGCGACGCCGGCGACAGUACGCCGAACUCGCCCACCAAGAGGCCGAUCUCGAGCGUCUCGCCCGACCGCGAGUCAAGGAGCGGCACCACCGAGAGAGAAUCGUUCUCCCCGACGAAAAGCAGGAAGCUGAUCGUCGAGAAUACCGGAAGGUCGAUUAACCAGUUCGAAAGGCGAGGCAUCUCUUCGGACAAUCUGUUGGCGAAGGACGCCCUCUCAUUCGUCACUGCCGCACGGAUUAUAACCGACGACAUCGGGAGAACGCGGGAGAUCUCAUCGGAGGACUCGUUGGCGACUCGCCGUGGCGUUGAAGAAUAUUCGCGGGAGACCUUCAAGCAGCUGCAGGACAAGUUCAAGCUGCAGGAGAUACCUACGGAGAGCUACGCUGCGUUCAAACGACGCACACGGGCCGCUCAGGGCGCGUUGAGUUACCAUGAGAGGCUGAAGAUGAGUCUCUUGCCGGGGGGACUCGAGCUGGACUCGAAGAACGAGGCGGCCGAAGUAAAGCGAGAUCAAGAGGUUAGGUCGGUCCUGAGGAAACAAGAGAGAAUCGACCAGCCGAAUGAUCAAGAGGCGGACACGAACGCGUCCCUCAGACGGCCGAAGAGGCGGAUCUUCCACGAGCCGUCGCAGGAGACCAUGGACCUGCUGACGGAGCUGCGCAAAGUGAAGAGUCUGCUGAAGACCCCUUCCUGGGAGAAGAUCGAUUUGGACCUCGAUCAGAAACCAGCGCGGAUGCCGAAGCGUAUCCUACUGACGGACAAAGAGUUCUGUCUGUCGGUGGAGCGCGAGAACAGCGUGCGCCGUCCGUCGAGAAUGAUCAACUCGCUGGAGACUACAGAGGAGGGUAAGGUCGCGUCGAAUCAUAAAGGAGGCCAACCGUGCGAGACCAAAACAGCCAGCGAGCACAAGCCACCCGGACUGGCUUUGUUCGAGAAGAGAUGCCUGUCGUUGGAUUAUGCCGAUGAAGAGAAACCCCACAAGCCGGAGACCAGAGCAAUCUCAUUGGCAUCCACGAGGAAUCUGCCGUCCGAAGCCGACGACUACCCCGAUCUGGCGCUAAUCUGCGAUUGCAAGAGUUGCUCUUCGGACGUCUUCAACUCUCCGUCCGAGGAGACGAAACAGGAGGACACACCGAAGGAGCGAGAGCUGCUGCAGGAAGAGCUGCCGGAGGAAGGGCCGCCGGAGGAAGAGCCGCCGGAGGACGAGCCGCUGGAGGAAGAUCCGCCGAAGAGAAAGCCCAGUGAGAAUCAUUAUGCCGAGGUGGACAUCGCGAUUCCCAUCGAUCAGAAAAUCAACAUCUCCAAGGGAGAGGACGUCCAGAGUCGGACCAGCGAUCUCUACGAGAUCAUAUCGCCGCGGUCGACGCCGUUCCGCGUUAAGAAGCGACUCGGCAAGAUCUCCGUCGAGGAGACCGUCAAGCCGGAGAAUUUCACUCUCGGUUCUAAGGUCGACUGCCGGUCGGUCGUUGCUCAGAAACGGACCAAGUGCUUCCCCUUAUAACGCACGUCGAUCUGCCCGUGGGCGAGAUUCUCUCCGCGACGGUGUCGGGCCGCGUUCAUGCCUGAAGAGAGCGGGUGCAGGUGUUGGUGCGCUUCGCGUUGAACUUUUUAGCAGAGGGAAAAUCGACAUAGGUAUGGUAAACAUACCCAUGUUUCUCGGCUGUGAAAUACUAAAAAAACUGAAAUCCUGAACAUGAAUUUCGUCUGUUGUAUGCAGUCGUUGCAGCUUAAGUGGCACUUUCUGUUUGCAAACGGUUGUGUUAUUAGCGUCGUUUGAAUUUUCGUUCUGCUGACAUUUUUGGUGAGCUAUUUUCUUGUGAAAAUUAAAAUAAGCCAGCCGUAAGUAAUUUAUUUGGUAAUAUUCUUUCUUGAUUUUCCACUAUCUCUCUAUUCUCUGUCACAAGAAAAUUUAAGGUUGGGUUAUUCUAUAAACUGACAUACCUGCAUUUAUUAGUCUUUCAACGGACACAUUUGAAUUUUGUCGUAAAAUAUUAUUUCACAAGAUACAAUUGAAAUUACCGUUGACUGAUUUACCUUGUUUUCCUUAUUCUACGUUUAUUUAAGAUAGUCGAGAAAAAUCAGGAAAUCUCUUUUCACAUAAUAAAAAUAUGUAAAAUUAGUGAUAACAUGCAAGAAAAUAUAAUAAAUGUACAAAAUAAUGUAAUUUUAGUGAUUUUAUUUUAUUUCGUUGAUAAUUUCCUAUAAAUAUUAUGUCGGUAUGUCGGUUUUAGAGCCUAGUUUCUAGAAACGCCAAUCUUUAGUUAUUUGCAAGAAAAUAUGUAAUCAUUUUCAUAAGGCUAUAUAUAUUUUGGUAGAAAAAUGUUGCUGAGGUAUGCACAUAAAUUAUAAUUUUAUAUUUUCAACGGGACUUUAGAACCCAAGAACAAAAUGAUACGUCAGUUUUGGUGCUUUUCUUCUACUGUGUUCACGUACAAAUAGCUGAGCUCGUGGUUGCUCGAUUUGCACGUUUCUCAACGUCUCAUUUGAGCACAAAAUAAAGCCUCCGUAUCCUUUUCAAAUGGCUUCAAAUAAUGGAGAUAUAUAUCGAGAAAAAGAUACAUCGAUAGAAGAGAUAAAAUAUUCUAACAGCAAACAUUCGUGAAAAAAUUGUUGAAAACGAAACAUGUAUGACGAGUAGAUACAGAAAGGGUUAAACCGACCGAGUGAUUCGCGAUAAUAAUUGCAUCCUGCAUCCGUCCUCUUCCGGCACGAGCGCGACACUCUCUUGAGUUGCUUCUGAGAUCGAACGAAUAAAGUUAGAAAAAGUGUCGCUGGUGAACUCGCGUUAGACAGAUACUUUCCUUGACGUGGCGCUCGACUCGAAAUGACGGCAAGGUGAACUCAAUCGCUUUUAGUUAUCGGUCAGUCGAAAUUAAUCGCGUACAGCGCGCAAUACAGAAUAGAACGGCUUGAUUUAGUUCAACUUUGCUCAAGUGAGCGCAAUAGUGGCAUCUGUCAAGAAUUACUUCCCUGGCUCUCAAAUCUCUCGUCUCGUUUUGUUUUCAUGAAGCUUUCAGCAAUAAAGUGAAUGUCUCAAUCAGUGGAAAAGUAACCAUUUCGUGAUAAUAAAUUAAUAAAUUAAUAAUAUACAUAUUAAGCUAAAUACAUCAAAUUUAUUUUACUCGAAAGUUUGGACAUUUUUAAUUGUACUAUAUUUCUUAAAUUUAUGUGACACAUGUAUUUUUUAUUAUUGACGAACAUACGGACAGCUCUAUUAUUGACAGACAAAAAUCAUCAUUCGAAUAUUAUAAAUUGAUAGAAAAUCAUGAAUGUCUCUAUUAUAUUAACUUAAACAUGACAGUUUAUAGGCUGAAAACUCAUAUUUGCUAAAUUCUUGCAAUUUGCUAAAUUCUGGAUAAAUAAAUUAUAAUAUUGAUACUAUCCUUUAACUUUAUGGAAUAUUGGAGAACAAAGCGCUGAAAGGCAAAAUUUGAUACAACGGAGAUACGUGCGUCGAAAAAAUGCUAUUAUUUCGUUCUACUGUGCGAUAUAAAAUAAUCAGGCCGUCGCUGUAUUCUCGAAGUCGAGACAUUACCGCCACUCUAUUGAUUAUUGCAGAGCGACGUCCCUUCGAAAGUAUAAUGCCAACGUCGACUAGGCGAUUUUUUCCGGAAGACCGAUGACGGACGGAGAGAACGCGAUUCGGAAAAGCGGUAUUCCUUGAGAAACGAAGUAUGAAACAGCUGAACAUGACUGUCCAGCUUAGAGCCUAGACCGAAUCUUUUCGACAAGUUAGCCGGAACGUGCGAGAGAGCUCCUACGGAAAUAUUCUAAAGUGCACCCCCGACCAUUUUAUACUCGACAUUUUCGAAGAAGGAGACAAGGCGGCCGGAAACGGCCGUCGGAAGCUGCGGAUGGCGCGACAGACACUUUCGCCCGCUGGGCGACGCGCUGGAAGAACGAAGGAUCUGGCGAAAAUUCUUGAGUCGAGCAGUGCCUUGUUCGUGGAUAUAUAUUAUUUAAACAAAGGGAGAACAUAACAAAAAAACGUAUAAAACGCGAAAAAGAAGUCCUCUAACGACGAUUUAAUUCCGACUGCGCGCCGGAUUUUCUGAAUGGGUCCACGGAGUUGCGCUCUCGUCGAACGACAUCGUAACUCCUUCUCUCUCCUUCUCUAUCUAUCCAUCUAUCUCUCUUUUUCUCGCUUUUUUCGGAAAAAGAGAGCUUCGCGCGCUCGGAUUGCGAGGGUAGGAUAGAUCGUGGUCCUUAGAUAAUUCUCGAACUUCCGCGGAUUUCAGCCUCUCACGAAUGCUAUCUUGAACGAAUCGUGCGUCGCGCCUACAAUGCGACUAGCCCUCGACGAAAGCGGCGGGUCGUUUAACGAGGCCUGAUCCGUCUGACGCGGUAUUAAAGUGUCGAAAAGCAACUUUCGCGAUCCCAUAGGGUAGGAUUCGACGAAGGAAGGCGACGAGCUCUCGCGAGAGUGCGACUCCCACGCAGAUGCGUCCGCCUGCCAAGCCUGCUCUUUGUUCGGCACGGCGUACAUUAACGUAAACGUUUUAACGCUGAUAAUGAAACUUAUAUAAAUAAAUACACAGAUUAACACGCGCGUUCCUCUUAUAAUUUUCUAGAUGUAGAUAGGGUCGACAACGCACUAAAAAUUUUGACUAUACGGAAAGUACGUCUAAAUGUAGAUAGAGAUAUAUACGUAAAAUGUGUACCAUCGUUAUUGCGCCGAGAUAUUCGCGCGGCGCGCUGAUGACGUAUCGAUUCAGAUGCGUGGUUUCUCCAUGUCAUCCGUAGUUUCUUCGGUGAUCUCACGAGAUCUGUGUUUUCAUGGAUAAUUGAAUAAUAAUUAUGCAGUUAAAUAAUUGCAUCUCUUUUAUGAUUCGAUAUUUAUGUGAGGCACCCUUAGUCGAAAUUUUAGUCCUACAUUAAGUCUAGUUUAAUUUUACAUUAAGUAUUCAAAGAUCUUCUAUCGUGCUGUAUUUAUGCUACAAAUGGAAAAUUAUUUCCGUUUUCUCCACUUGCAGACUUAAUGUAGAACUAACAUUUCGACUCGGGGCUAUUCCUCGAACUAUUCAAAAUUAAUUAAAUCCUCGGAAACUAUAAACGAUAAAAUUAAAACAGCUUCGUUUCCAUUAUUGAAAGAGUGAUUAUUAUCAAAGAUCGAUUAUUCUCUUUCUUUCUUGUGUUACGCUCACAAUCAAAAAAACAUAUGUGGAAGAAGCGAAACGAUCUGAAUCGACGCUGCAUACGCACGCACCAAUCGCGCGUAUUCGGCAAAUAUUAGAGAUUCAUGCGAAUUGGUACACACACAACACACACACACAUAUUUAUACAUGCGUGCGCGCGUACACUCGACGGUAAGUAUACGUACGCGUACCUAGCCAGCUGUAAUUGUACGGAUUCAAUAGUUGGUGAGAUGUGCCAAACGCAGAAAUAAGAUUUAUUGUAUGUUACAAAGUUACUUUUAUAUAUACACUAUAUAUAUAUACCUAUCUGUGCGUCCGUGCGCAAAAAUUAUGCGUGUAUGCGUAUAUAUGCUCGGUAAACGUAUGGAUAUGUACGCGCGCGCGCGCGUGUAUGUGUGUGUGUGUGUGUUAAUGUGCGUGCGUGAAAAUGCAUGAGUGCGUUUCGCUGUGAACAUGUGCAUAUGCAGUGCACGUGCAUUCGUUUGCCGUGGUAGAUUUACACGCGUAUGCGAAUUAAAUGUGUGCAUUAUAAUAUGGAUAGGAAUCUACAUGUAUUGCGUGCGUAUAACGAUCAGUAUGCGUGUGUGUCUGCGUACAUGAAUGAGUGCGUGCGUGCGUGACGCGUCAGUAACACAUGCGUCGAGGAAGAUCACGAUCCGUGCUCCUGCGUGUUUAGUCUAAUUAAUCCGAAGUAUACAAGUCUAUUAACAAUCUUAUCUUAAUUUUAUUUCUUAAUUAAAGUUAAAGUUGUGUGUACACAAAAAAAUUAGUCUUAAACCAAGGAUAGAUAUAUUCUUAUAUAUAAGCAAGAAUAUUAUAAUUGUAUAAAGAAUAUUAUAAUCUUCUUAGAAGAUUUUCUGUCUUGAUCUGAUUGAACUUGUAUUGAUGCAAGUGUUAUUUGCAUUCAAUUCAAGACUAAAAAUCUUCCAAGAAUAUUAUAAUAUUCUUACUUAUGUGUGAAAAUAUCUAUCACUGAUUCAAGACUAUUUCUUUUCUAUAUAAUUAUUGCGUUCUUCGCUCAUCUUUCAAAUCGAUAGAGUCGCGCGAUAUCGUUUUAUGAUAUAAAAUAUAAAUUGUAUGUAGAAUGUAGUUAUUUGAUCACGUGUGCCCUCUUUUAAUUUUUGCGAUCAUAAUUAUUUUUUGUUGCGAGCGAGCAGUGUAGUACAGAAAAAUUGCUGCAAUGCUCUCACAUUCGUGAUCUUCAUAUUUUUUGUUAGGUUUCCUCGUGGUAAUUUAUUACCAAGCUCAGGAGCAAAAAAUUGUGCACUCCCAUAAUAAUAAUAAUAGUUAUUAUUAAUUAUUAUUAUUGAUAUAAUUAUUAAUAAUUAUUUGUUAUUUAUAAUAAUUAUUAUUAUUAUAGAAAAAAAUAAGUAUUCGAUGUCGCGAUUUGACUGCGUCGAAUAUAGUCAAGUCGUCCUGCGAGCUUGUGAUCCUCCUCGGUCGUAGACCGCAACAGAAUUAUAUAGUAGUAUUUUCAGCUGGUGCGAUCCAUGAUACAUGGUGAGACAGGGUUCGCUUUAUAAUCGGAGAGCAAAACUCGUCCACUCGUUCUCGUUUUUAAACUUAAUGAAAAAUCCCGCCGUAUAUCGCGGCAGCUAUCCGUCCACCCUUUCGGCUGUCCGUGCGAACGCGAAAGAUGCACGUCGUCGUCACGUUCUCGCGCAUGACAACACGCGAUAAACGAGAAGGGAGAGAAACGUGAUUUCUAAUCUACUACUAAUUAGCGUUCCGAAACACACGCGAAACUUUCGUUCUCGCGGGCGAGAUUUAGACGUUUAGACGCGAACAAAACGUUCAUUAGUUACCGUCGCGAUCUUUAGUGAAUUAGAAACAUAAUCGUCACACUUUCUAAGC